ACUAUUUGUAACGAGCGAUAGCGAGACAAACAGACCCAAAUGCAGAGGAACAGUUCAAAGGAUUUAUUUACAAUAAAUGUGAGCAGUCACUGUGGAUGUCGAGGCUACGUUGAAGCUUAGUGAGGUGCAGAAUGACGGCCAGCAGGGUAGGGCGAUCUACUUCCCGUCACACGGGCAAAGAUAAGGAAUCCUCUGUGGAAACCCAGCUGACACGCAGCGAACUGGAAGGCAACCACGCAACCGACACGCAGGCAAUAAACAGAUACACGAGAGAGGACCAACUAGGCAGAGACAGUAAGGACAUUUCUAGCAGACACAGCUCCAGCCAUGUCUCAGAUGAAGACUAAGGAUAUGGGUUCUGCCUUCAUCCAGACACAGCAGAUGCACGCUGCUAUGGCAGACACCUUCCUGGAGCACCUGUGUCUGCUGGACAUCGACUCUGAGCCCACAGUGACCCGCAACACAGGCAUCGUCUGCACUAUCGGACCUGCCUCCCGCUAUGUGGAGACAUUGAAGGAGAUGAUCAAGUCCGGCAUGAACGUAGUAUGUUUGAACUUCUCCCAUGGAACUCACAAGUACCAUGCUGACACCAUCAAGAAUGUCCGUGAAGCGACUGAGAGUUUUGGAGCUAGUAGCAUAGAGUACCGACCUGUGGCAAUUGCCCUGGAUACCAAGGGACCAGAGAUCAGGACUGGACUUAUCAAGGGUUGUGGCACUGAGGAGGUUAAGCUUGUCAAAGGUGAGAUGAUCAAGCUCACUUUAGAUGACAAGUUUAAGGACAACUGCGAUGAGAAGACCCUGUGGCUGGACUACAAGAACAUCACCAAGGUGGUGCAGCAGGGCAGCCAUAUUUACAUUGACAACGGUCUUAUUUCACUCAAGAUUAAGGAAAUUGGUUCUGAUUUCUUGAAUUGCGAGAUUGAAAAUGGAGGCAUGCUAGGCAGCAAGAAAGGCAUGAACCUGCCCGGUGCUAAUGUCGACCUGCCCGCUGUAUCUGAGAAGGACAUUCAGGACCUUCAGUUUGGUGUAGAGCAGGGUGUGGACAUGGUGUUUGCCUCCUUCAUCCGUAAGGCUGCUGAUGUGCAGGCCGUGAGGAAGGUGCUCGGAGACAAAGGCAAGGACAUCAAAAUCAUCAGCAAGCUGGAGAACCACGAAGGUGUGCGCAAGUUUGAUGAGAUCCUGGAGGCGAGUGAUGGUAUCAUGGUCGCCCGUGGAGAUCUGGGUAUUGAGAUCCCCACUGAGAAGGUGUUCUUGGCUCAGAAGAUGAUGAUUGGUCGUUGCAACAGGAUUGGCAAACCAAUCAUCUGCGCCACACAGAUGUUGGAGAGCAUGGUAAAGAAGCCCCGCCCCACCCGUGCUGAGAGCAGUGAUGUGGCUAACGCUGUGCUUGACGGAGCCGACUGCAUCAUGCUGAGUGGAGAGACUGCCAAGGGAGACUAUCCACUGGAGUCUGUGUGCACACAGCACCAGAUUGCCCGUGAAGCCGAGGCAGCUAUGUUCCACAGGCAAAUUUUCAUGGAGCUUUGCCGUACCUCUCAUCUGACCCGCGACCCCACUGAGUCUGUGGCUAUCGGCACAGUGAAGGCCUCUUUCAAGUGUUGUGCCAGCGCCAUCAUUGUGCUCACCAAGACUGGCAGGUCCGCUGAGCUGCUGUCCAGGUACAGGCCACGUGCUCCUAUCAUGGCUGUGACCCGUAAUGGCCAGACAGCCCACCAGUUGCACCUGUAUCGCGGCAUCAUCCCCGUCUUCUACAACAAGCCCGCUAAUGAUGUUUGGGCUGAGGAUGUGGAUCUACGUGUCAGCUUCGCCCUAGAGAUGGGCAAGGCCCGCAAGUACUUCAAGUCUGGUGAUGUUCUGAUCGUCGUAACAGGUUGGCGCCCAGGGUCUGGCUACACCAACACCAUGCGUAUUGUUGUGGUGCCUUGAGCACAACUUCACAGACUGAAUUUCUACCCUCAGCCCCCUUUAUGAGUCACAAAAAUAACCUUGCAGACUUUUGUUGGUGCCACUCACACAUUUUUAAUUCCUAUCAAACUCAUGUGGGGUCAUACUGCAUCCUGAAGUCACAGAGCUCUUUUAACCCUUUCCAUCCCACUGGAGAAUUCUGUCAUUCACACUGUACUGUAUGAUCUUACAGUCACACAUUUUGUUAGAAUCAUGGAAUUUCAUUGUUUUCCCUUGUAUGCUUUCUUUCUUUCUUUCUUUUUUGAACACAAUUAAACAUCUUUUUAGAGUUGGUUUAGACACAUAACACCCCU